AACUGCACUGCAACCGCGACCGCCUGGCCGCCGUCACCACGGACAGGCUGGAAGCAGGGGGCGGUUCGUGGCACCGCCCCCCUGGGACGCGACUUCCGUCCCCUCACGCCCACUCGCUCCGCCCCGACGGAACUACAUCUCCUGGCGUGCCCUGUGCGGUUCCCAUGGCGACGGGGAGGCAGGCCGGGGCCCUGUGGCGCGAUGGCCAAGGGCAGUGAUACUUUGUGGGAUCUUGCUAUAGCUGAAGUGGAGAAGAGAGAAAACCCUGACGAUGAUGGCAAGCGUCUGGAAUUUGGGGAAAAAUCGCUAUUAUUUAUGGGAAACAAGAACGGGGGGAAAACCACUAUUAUACUGAGGUGUCUUGAAAGGGAAGAGACUCCAAAGCCAACAUUAGCUUUGGAAUACACUUUUGGAAGAAAGGCAAGGAGACACAAUGCACCUAAAGAUAUCGCUCAUUUUUGGGAACUAGGUGGUGGAACUUCAUUACUGGAACUGAUUCAAAUACCAGUCACUAGCAACAACAUAAAGUCGCUUGCUGUAGUUCUUGUAUUGGACCUGUCCAAACCUAAUGAACUCUGGCCUACUGUGGAGAAGCUCCUGCAGGUCACCAGGAACCACGUGAACAAAAUCUUAACCAAACUAGAAAAGACAAAUCCUGAAGUAGCUACUGAAAUUAAACAGAGGAUGUGGAACAAUCUGCAGAAGGAUCAUCCAGAUUAUGAGUUAAUUGAUCCUUUUCCAAUACCCUUGUUGAUAAUUGGAAGUAAAUACGACAUUUUUCAUGAGUUUGACUCUGAAGUGAGGAAAAUAAUAAGCAAGACACUUCGAUUCAUUUCGCAUUAUAAUGGAGCAUCAUUAGUGUUUACCAGUAAGUCUGAGGCUCUCCUGCUGAAAGCCCGUGUUCUUAUUAGUCACUUGGCAUUUGGCUAUGAUAAAAGCAAGUCUCUAUCAGUGGAUCACAGCAAACCUCUGUUUAUACCAGCAGGACUGGAUUCACUGAGCCAAAUAGGACCACCACCUGCCCCUGACAGUGAUAUUGGAAAGAUGUCUGCAAACACACCUUUGGAGCUAUGGAAAAAAGUGUUUGAGAAAACAUUUCCUCCCAAGAGGUUCUGUGAUUUACAAGACACCAACGACCCUGCACAAGAUUUACAGUAUGCUGAGUAUGAAGUUGAUGUCAUGAGAGCUCAGAAAAAACAGGAACUUGAACACUACAGAAGAAAUGCCUCUCAAUCCUGGAAAGAAAUGGAUUUUUGACUCCAGUGAAGUGCUCUAGGUGUCUCCAGUUUAACAUGGGCAAAAUUAAUCAUUUUAACAUUCCAAGCAGUUUAAUCUGAUGCAUUUGACAAUGUCAGAUAUCAAAUUACAUUAAUAUUUAUGGUGCAUUUCUAUUAUUAUUUGUAAUAAAAAUAUAUCUUUAA